AUGGGGGGCCCGAGAACUCUGGAGGCAUUUUGUCAGAAUGUGGGGCUUCGCCGGGUGCCUCCAGAGCUUCACCCAGACGUGUCCAAAAUCGACAUCUCUGGAAAUAAGAUUCAAAAUAUCACCGAGAGGCCCCUGACCUUCUACACUUCUCUCCGGCAUUUAGACGUCAGUUCCAACCUGAUCGGAUUCGUCGAGCCUGGGAUCUUUGCGGAGAUGAAGAAGCUGGAGGACCUCAACUUGGCCAACAACCAGCUCUAUCUGUUGGCUCAGGAAGACCUGUGGGUUGGGUUACUACCCCACGUCAGAAGACUCGAUUUGUCUCGCAACAGUCUCUACACUGGCAUGGCGGAACACUUCAUUCGCGACGCACCUUCGCUACGAUAUCUGUCCUUGGCGGAGAACAGCAUUAUACACAUCUCCCAAAGCAUGUUCCAGGGUUCUCCAGAGCUGGUUGAAGUCAACCUGCACAACAACAUGAUUAUGGAGAUAGAAGAAGGCGCUUUCGAGGGCCUGGCGCGCCUCUCCAAGCUGAAUCUCUCCAUGAACUCCCUCACUUGCAUCGUUGAUUUCAACCUCAAGCAGCUGGACCUUCUGGAUCUCAGUCGGAACAGCAUCGAGUCCUUCCACUCCAUCCAAUCGGAGGAGGACUUCAACUUGAUCUGGCUUGACCUGAGUGAGAACAAGCUCCUUCGCUUUCCAGUUCUCCCUCAAGGAAAUAAACUGGCUCAUUUGAACCUAACCAAGAACAUAAUGCAGUUUGUCAUGGUGGAAUCCCAUAGCGACGUAGACUAUCAGUGGGAAGAUGGUCCUCAAUAUCCCAACAAUUCCCACCCUCCUUACUUACCUGCCCUGUUAUCCUUGGACCUCAGUUACAACGAGAUCCAAUCCAUCCCAAGCCAAUUCUUUGACUCCAUGUUUUCCCUCCAAUUCCUUAAUUUAAGCAAAAACUGCCUGCAGAUUUUCAAGACAAGCCACCCGCUGGCCUCGUUGUCCGUUCUUGAUAUUAGCUGCAACUCUUUGAAGGACCUUCAGUUGGACACCGACACCCUGAGUGGUUUGCAGGAGUUCCAUCUCCAAGACAACCACCUUCAGGAGCUGCGUUCAGACAUCUUCCAAGGUCUCCCACACCUCCAGUGGCUCGAUCUGAGGAACAACAAGAUCAGCCUCUGUGACUCGCACUCAGGACCAAGAAGGCACCGAUUGUCACCCAAGGUUCCUCGUGGCUGUGUCUCGUUUGCGCAAGUCCCCGAACUUCAGUAUUUGUAUCUCUCUGCCAAUCGUUUGAAGACCCUACCCAUCUUCAGCUUCUUCAGGACUAACCUCAGGAUGCUGGAUGUCUCCAUGAAUUGGGGGCUUCAGAUCGAAGCCAAAUCGUUGGUGGGCUUGGAGUUUUCGCUGGAAUAUUUGGAUUUACACGGGAACGGCCUGACCACGCUGAACGUGGAUUUCCCCCUUUUCCCUCACCUCAGGUAUCUCAAUUUAUCGGACAAUCGGCUUAGUUGGUUGCCCACUUGGUCAGAAGAUUGCUGCGUCCUUGAAAUCUUAGAUCUUCACAACAACAGCUUCAACAGCUUGAAAAAUAGCCAGAUCCCGGCCCUGGAGAAAAACCUACGGAAUCUGUAUCUGGUAGGAAACCCGCUCAGUUGUUGCGGGAACAUCUGGCUCUCUCAGAUGAUCCAUAAAGCUGUGGUGGAGAUCCCAGAUCUAGACCUGGUCAAGUGUCAGUUUGCCCGGAGUUUGGGCUUUGAGGAAGAAGAGGUCCAUGUGAGUCGCGUUAGGCCUGAAGACUGCGAGAGAGAGGACCUCAAGAAAAUGAGCGUCUUGAUUUUGCUGGCGUUCCUGCUGGUUCUUUCGCUGAUCGUCAUCGGAGUGGGUUUGGUCUGUUGUUAUCGGAGACACUUAUUUGGGCGCCAUUAUAAAGUGUAG